AUGCUCUCCGGCAACAUUCUUUACCGUGAAUCACAUCUUGCGAGUGUCAAAUCAGGUGGGGACAACUUGCUUGCCGCGGUUCAUAGCUACACACACGAUGCAAACAUGGAGAUCGUCACACGAGUUUUACAACUACCCCAGGAACUACGUGACGACAUAUAUAUGCAUCUAUGGGAACUCAACGACAAGCAUGAUCCGAGUCGCAGUCUGCUCUACUGGUGGGAUUCUUUCGACGAGCCUUGGUUCUCCAGAGACGAUGAUCCUAACAAAUUACGAUGGCUAAGGACACCGUUGAUGACACUCCGACCUCCGCACUUCAUCGACAAAUGCUUUGUAGGACCUGUCUUCGCUAAAGAGGCUCUCAAACAACUUAAAGAUUCUGUGGGUAAAGAUCUUCGGCCAAUCGGGGAGAGAAACCCUGUCGCCGAAUGCGGAUUGCUCGACGCAUCCAUGGAUGACUUUGUAGAGAAGGACGUUUUUGGAGUUGGGAUAACAGUGGAAGAGUUGGUACGCAACUUGGACUUACGGGUAAACUUCCAGUGCGAUGCAUUGACCGACAACGAAUUUGCCGAGAUCCAGAAGAGCAAGACACAUGAUCGAGGAUCACUUGGGGCAGGUGCAACGACAUACACACGGGACGACUAUCUCCGAGACCUCGGUGACGGCGUCGCGGCUCUGCUAAACAUUCCACACACGGAACGUGUUACCACUCAUAAUGAGCAUGGUCGACAUCUGAAUACUAGAGCCAGAGUCAUCACCUUAGCAAUCAGGCAAGAAGACGACUUCAUAUGGAGGGAUCAUUCCGCCAUACUAAAACUUGUCGCUCGAGCUUAUCACGGACUAAGGGCAAAGGGCUUCGCAGUCAAGGUACAGUACUACAGUGAAGAGAUUGAAUUGAAAUUGUUGUUUGAAGACGACGUCUGGGAGUGGAGAAGCGAUGAUUGGGACAGGAAUUUGAUUUGGAAGAACACGUUUGGGAUAGGUAGCGGCACCUCACCCCAAAGAUACGUUUGGGCACAACUUCAGGAACAUUUUUUUCGACGCCUAGAUAACGACAGCCUCAUCGGGAGUUAA